AUGUUCCCAGUAAUUUCCAGCCGUCGUCUUUGGUGGGCUGGGCUUUGGGGGAGAGUCUGCCUGAACCAGCCAGUACUGAACAGGCAGCAUUGUCAGCGUAUGCAUGUCAAAGUUGGAGACCGGGCUGAACUUAGCAGGGCCUUCACACACAGGGAUGUGGCUACCUUCUCAGAGUUAACAGGCGAUGUCAAUCCUUUGCAUUUAAAUGAAGAUUUUGCAAAACACACCAAGUUCGGAAAGACAAUUGUACAUGGGGUUUUGAUCAAUGGACUUAUCUCAGCUCUCCUGGGUACUAAAAUGCCAGGGCCAGGCUGUGUAUUUCUUUCUCAGGAAAUUAACUUUCCAGCCCCUUUAUAUAUUGGAGAAGUUGUUUUAGCUUCUGCAGAAGUGAAAAAACUAAAGCGGUUCAUUGCUGUUAUUGAAGUGUCAUGUUCUGUAAUAGAAAGUAGAAAGACUGUUAUGGAAGGCUGGGUUAAAGUUAUGGUCCCAGAAAUCCCCAAUUCCUGAAAUAUGUGUUUAAAGAUGUAAGUUCAGACACCAAUGUCAUUGUGGCUGGGGAAUUGGGGAGGCUAUAGGCCCAGAAACCUAUAUUAGGGGAAGGGAGCAGAGACAGGAGUGUUCACAUGUCCACUCUCUAGUAUGGCCUUACGUUUCACGCAAACUUGAGUGUAUGCAAGAUUUCAUCAUCUGUCUAGGUUUUCAUUAUUUUGUAGGAUUAUUAAAGCAUAUGUGUUAUUAUCUUUAAAAAAUUUCAGACUAAUAUAAGGGUAUAUAUGAUUAGGUUACAUUGUGUUUGUCAAGUAGUGUCUAGAUUUUUUAAAUUCAAUAAGUAUUGAGGUUAUCUAAAGGCUCUACUUUUGGGGCAGCCCUGUGGUUCAAGGAGUAGGGCGCGGCCCCAUAUACGGGGGUGCGGGGGUGGGUUCAAGCGCAGCCCUGGCCUAAACUGUAAAGUCUCUACUUUUGGGAUUUCAAACGUAGAUAAAUAAGCACUUAGAUAACAAAAAACCUGUCUAUAUCUGUACAAUCAGUUUCUUACUGAAUUUAUAAUCUAGCAUUUAAUUAAUUAUUGAAGACAAUACAAGUUGAAUUAUCUUUAAAUAUCUACCCUUUACCAGUAAAUACUAGCCUGUGUUAUUCGGCAGUUUCUGAGUUGGAGUUUAUUAUUGUUAUUUGUGCUGGAGUGGCAUUUUGCUCAACUUUCAGUGGGCCUUGGCUUUCAGGUAGUAUUCCUGUUAUUGGAGAAGAGCUUAUGUGCAGUCUUAGAUUAGCUAUAUAAACUGUGUCUGACUUACGAAAUGAUGAUAAUGUAUACCACAUGAGAUUAUUGGUGGAGACAGUAAACAGUGUUAAGCACAGGGCUGGGCCUGUAAACAGUAGCUACUAUUAUUGCUCAUUGCCCCUGACCGAGGUUCAGGGUUUUCUUGAGUUUAAAGCCAACAGGCUCACAGUUGAACAAAUAACCAGACUUUCAGGAUGUCAGUCAAUCUCUUAGUGUUUUUGAAUGAGAAGUUUGUAUUUUAAGAGUACAGGUUCUUUUCUCCCUCCCUUUAAAAUGUGGAUCUACCGCCUAUUAUAUAAACAUUAUAUGUAUAUUAUUUUAAAAAUCAUAAAAAAAAUAGACACUGGAAACUAAGUUUUUACCCAUAAAAUUCACCGGUAAGUAUACAA